GUGCGACUCUCUUCUCCAUCAACAACACAGCAACACCUUGAUGAACUCGAGUCCCGAAAUACGUACCAACUACCGUGGAAGCACGCAAGAAUAAGAUAUUAUUAAUUGUUAGCUCUGACGCAAUCGCUCUCCAUCAUGUUCUUCUCUAGGAUCCCGCUUCUACCCCUCUUCUUCUUUGUCUCCUCCUCCUCCUCGUCUGAACCUGAUCUUGCUUCUGAUCAUAAUCAAGCUUAUACUGCUCUUCCUGAUAAUAUUCAGUCUUUUUCUGCCAUGUCUAUUGGUACUUACUCUCUUCCGGCGCUGCCGUACGCCUAUGAUGCCCUUGAGCCUAGCAUCUCUGCUCAAAUCAUGGAACUUCAUCAUAGCAAGCACCAUCAAGCCUACGUAACAAACCUCAACGCCGCGCUAAAGAACUACGCAACCGCUACUUCGACCAACGACAUCGCCGGCCAGAUCGCCCUGCAAUCAGCCAUCAAGUUCAAUGGCGGCGGGCACAUCAACCACUCUCUCUUCUGGGAGAAUCUCAGCCCCUCAAGCUCUGCUGACGCAAAGCCCGAGAGUGCUCCUACGCUUAGUGCUGAGAUCUCAAAGACGUGGGGCAGCAUUCAGGCGUUCCAGGAGGCGUUCAAGAAGACACUUCUGGGACUGCAGGGUAGUGGUUGGGGAUGGCUUGUUAAGGAUACGCAUGGUCUUCGUAUUGUUACGACGAAGGAUCAGGAUCCUGUUGUUGGAGGAGAGGUUCCUAUUUUUGGUGUUGAUAUGUGGGAGCAUGCUUACUACCUUCAAUAUCUUAACGGAAAGGCUGCCUACGUUGACAACGUCUGGAACGUCAUCAACUGGAAGACUGCCGAGGCUCGAUUCACCGGUACUCGUGAGGACGCCUUCAAAGUCCUCCGCGCCUCCAUCUAAUCAACGAUGAUAUCACAAAGGGCACAAAGCUAUUGUGAUCAACAUAUUCAUCCCGCCAUAUUAGCACAAACAAAAAAAAACACUCAAUCUCAAGCUUUUCCUCAA